AUGGCUCUGAAACGGAUCCAGAAGGUAUGGACGGUGGAAACGGGGUCCUCCCUCCCGUCCUCUCCGCGGGCUGCCACAGCGAAUAGAAACCCGCGGCUGAGACGCGUUGACACCUGCCCUGCGCCAGGCAGAACCGCCGCCUGCGCAGAUUUAGGAGGUGGGAGCCUACGCCUAGCGGGCGGCCCGCGGGGGCGAAGUCACGCGACCGUGUCACGCCACCAUCAUGGCCCUGCGGCAUCGAUGUCUUCCUCUACCUGGUCCUUCCAGAAUGACAGUCCUUACCAAGGAGGUGGUUUUUCCCUGACCAUCCCCUUCCCUACAGAUUAUCCUUUCAUGCCCCCGAAGGUUGCUUUCUCUACCAAAACCUACCAUCCUAACAUCAACAACAAUGGUAGCAUUUGCCUGCACAUCCUGAGGUCACAGUGGUCCCCAGCAUUACCCAUGUCCAAAGUUCUGUCCAUCUGCUCUCUGCUGCUCGACUCCAACCCUGAUGACCCACGGGUGCACACUCACAAGGCCGACAGAGAGAAGUACAACAGACUAGCAAGAGAGUGGACACAGAAAUAUGCUGUGUAA